AUGUUGAAGUCGUUGGUUGAGUUUCAGCAAGUCAAUUCUCGUAGGGAGGAGAAUCAUGAAGAUAGUUCUUUUGGGAGACGUGUGAACCAAGAGGAGAGGUUUCCAAGGGGAAUUAGACUCAAAUUUUCGCAUUUUGAUGGCUCUAAUCCUGGAGCAUGGAUCUUUAAAGUAACACAAUACUUUGAGUAUCAUCAGGUCUCGAUGAAUCAAAGACGUUUAAUGGCUUCAUAUAAUAUGGAGGGUGAGGCCCUCGUAUGGUACCAAGAUGCCGUAGAUGGGGGUAUAUUUACAACAUGGGAAUCUUUUGUCAAAGCCUUGCUGGUCAGGUUUGGUACUACAGCCUAUGAUGAUCCUAUGGAGGCUUUAACAAGAUUGAAACAAGUGUCUUCUGUGGCUGUCUACAAAGCACAGUUUGAAACUUUGUCCAAUAGACUGAAGGGUUUGUCAGAAAAGCAUAAACUAAGCUGUUUAAUGAGUGGUCUUAAAGAUGAGGUUAGGCUUCCUAUAAGAAUGCUAAAUCCUAUAAAUCUUAAUGCUGCUUUUGGUCUUGCUAAGAUCCAGGAGGAGUAUAUUUUGGCAUCAAGGAAACCUUGGAGAAAUAAUACAGCAUUGCCUGUUAAGAGUCUUGGGGAAACUGUGGGGGAUAGUUCCAAGUUUCAAAAGAAUGGAAUGCCAACAAAGAGAGUUUUCUCUUCACAAAUGGAUGAGAAGAGGAAGAAAGGCCUCUGUCCCCAGCCUGUUCUUGAAGAAUCUGUGAUCGUGGAGGAGGUGGAGGUCUGUGGUGAUAGUGAGGGGACUUUAGAAGUUUCUGUUAAUGCCAUUUCUGGGUGCAAUAAUGGCAAUGCUAUGAGGCUGCAUGGUAGUAUCGGCCCUUGUUCUGUUGAAAUUCUUAUUGAUUCUGGAAGCACACAUAACUUCUUGGAUCCUUUGGUGGUCCAAGAAGCUAAACUGAGUGUCAGGAAAGACUGCAGUUUGCAAGUGAGGGUGGCCAAUAGUGAUAAAAUUUUGAGCCAGGGAAGGGGUGAAGAAGUAAUCAAGAUCCAAGGUUCAAAAUUUUCUAUCCCUCUUCAUGUGUUAACCUUGGGGGGAUGUGAUAUAGUUCUUGGAGUUCAGUGGUUGAGAACCUUAGGCUCCAUUACUUGGAACUUUAUUGAUAUGUCAAUGAGUUUUGAGUGGGGUGGUCAGAUGAUUAAGUUGCAAGGGUUGAAUUCUGCAAGUGUUCUCAUGAUGUCAGGAACUAUGGCAAUUAAAUCAGAUUUUAUAAGUCAGCAAGCAUGGUUGUUGCAGUUAAUGCCUAGGGAGCAACAGAAGACUGGAGUUUGUUCUGAAGGACCAAUGGCUAAGUUGCUUAAAGAAUUUGAGGAUCUUUUUGCUGAACCUGUGGGAUUGCCACCAAGAAGAGAAUUCAAUCACCCAAUCAACCUGAAGGAUGGAGUUUCUCCUGUUUCAGUUCGACCUUAUAGGUAUCCUCAUUAUCAGAAAACCGAAAUAGAGAAAAUUGUCCAUGAAUUGUUGCAAACUGGUGUAAUAAGACCAAGCCAAAGUCCAUUUUCUUCACCAGUAUUAUUGGUUAAGAAGGCUGAUGGGACUUGGUGUAUGUGUAUGGACUACAGAGCCCUUAACCAAGAAACCAUCAAAGAUAAAUUCCAAAUACCUGUCAUUGAUUAA